UCGAUGCCAAAUGUAAAAGAGCCCCAAACGAGUACUGACUUGUAACACGCACAACGCACGCACAAAACGUAUAACCGACCCGCAGAAAAUGAAAUGGAUUAUAUGAAAGAACUAGCAUUUCAUGUGGAAAAUAUCGAAGAUAUUGAUCUGAAACAACCUCCAAAAUCUGGAGAAGACUAUAUCAAGCGUGUAAUAUUAGAAGCUAAACAAUAUGCUGAUACAGUAGUGGCCGAUAUUAAUCCAGACCUUUUUAAAAAACCUACGAUAAGCAUUCACCAUUUAUCAGGAUGUAUCGAAGCACCUUCAUCUUUAAUACCUACCAUCGAAUGGCAAGAGCGUCAAGUGCAAAAUUUCAAAGAUUUAAAAUUAUACGUAAUUCAAAUGCAAGAUAAGAUUAAAUCAUCUAAACACAACAGGAAACUUCAAAAGACACAAUUGCCUCAUAUAGAUAAUCAAGAAGAUUGGAUCACUUACUGUUCCAAGGAAAGUAGCGACGAUAUAGAAAAUCAUAGUCCAACGUUAACGACUGUUAUAUCUAUGAAACAACCAUUGAUAGAACAAGUCUUGGAAUAUUUAAUCGAAUAUGUACAAACACAAGGAAAACUUUCAUUUAAAAUUGGACAGUGGCUCUAUGCUUUAUUGGUUGUUCUGCAUUUACCAUUGAACCCUGACACAUGUUCUUGUUUACGUUCUUUGGCAAGAACGUGUUCCGUUAUUAGAGCUAAUUCUAAAAAGUUGGAAGAACACGAAAUAGGAGCGCUAAAUUUGUUUAUAUGCCUGGUUGCAAAAUAUUAUCGUCAAAUGGAUCUUGCUGAUUGAUAUUAAAUCGAUAUUACACUUGUCUUUUUUUCUUUCGUUGAUUAUAUCACAAAAUAUAAUUAAAAAUGAAGAGGAAGUAAAA